AUGAGUGUGGUUGUAUGUGCUGGGGGUACAGUCUUCUUGGAAAAUCCAGUGACGUCACUCCUCUUCGAGACGAAGUUCUUCUUAGACUGGGUUCGCCGUAUGAGGAAGAUCGGGCUCCCCGCUCCUCACCCGCAUUGGCAUGGGAGCGCACUACAAUCAUACGUCGUCGUGCUCCUAUCUAGCCCCCUUAUCCCGAACCUGUGCCAGGUCUACAAGACCAACUUUUGGAUGAAGCACUACAACUCACCAACGAUGAAGAGGACUACAGUGAUCAGCAACAGGUCUUCGGUGCGAAAGUUGGACAAGGGAAAGGUACCAAAGUCUGAUCGCAAGUGUCAGUUUCCGACGAGCAAGAAGACCCCUAAGAAUGGCAUUGUCACAUGGACAGCAACUCCAUUCCUGAAACAAACACAGGAGUACACUCCCUCCUUCGCCCGGGCCAUCGUCGAUAUGCUGCCCAGACUACAAGCGCAGGAUGUGAACAUACCAGUCGAAGGCUUAGGCUGUGUUUCGAACAUGGUGGCCUCCAUGGGUGCCCCAGAGCACGGCGAUGCACGUGGUGUUCGACGCCAGCUGGAGGCCGAGGAGCUGCUUCGAGAGAUUCGAGAGCGCAAGAGAUUGAAGGGCAAGGGUUGUGGCCGAUCAGAUCCUACAGAAAUUGGGGACGGUGUUGAACUUCCGGACACCCUUCGUGACAGCCCUGCUCCCUCUCCUGUGCCUCUUCGCAGUGGAGCUUCCUCUUCCGGCCUCAGUGAUGAAAUUGGACAGGAUAGGCAGCUAGAGAGGCAUGAGGAGCCUAGGAAGGAGAGUGCAAGCAAGCCAGCAACUGGAGACGGCAAGGGUUCUGCUGCUCCCCAGCCGGAGAAGACUGUUGAGCCAGCUCAGCAGCAGCAUCCCCCAUCCUCAGCGCCCAAGCCUGACUCCUCCAAGAGCCUGCCCGGUGAGUUGGCCAACCCAGUUCCAAAGCAUCCUGCUUCCGUUGCAAAGCCCCAUGAUGCAGCUGAUGCGGAGCUCAAACCUGAGCAUCCCGUCUCCGCUUCUGAAAAUCCACCCAGUCCCGCCGCAGGAAAACCUGAGCCGUCUGAGCCAGUUUCCAAGCCGUUGCCGUCAGUUGCGCCCGAGCCAGAGCUGCCAGAGCUUCUGACAGGUGAGGACCAUGACGGGGAUGCCGCUUCCAUGCUAAACAUUCCGGAUCUAUGCGACAAGCAGGCUCCAUCUCCGCCGCCUUCGGAGAUGAGCCUGUCAGACGGUGCCAUUGAUCGCCGAAUGAGGCGGGUUUUUACGGCCCGGGUCGAUGGAACGGUCAAAGUUCCCCAGAAGUUCGUUGAUCAAUGGCGCAAGCGGGGAGAUGCCCGCAAAAGCCUGCAAAAGAUAUUCGCGAGCUGCGGAUACAAUCCGGAGGAUGAAUUAACCAUAGAGGGCGAGUACACAUCGGAAGCGACGAUGCGCGAGUGGGGGUGGAGCGAGACCCGCAUCGCGGCUGUCAAGAAGUAUUGCGCGAGCAAUCCAGGUCGCUUCAUGAGGCAGCGGGACACCUACGAAGAGGGGCUGAUCCUUUACUGGUGUGAGAAGGCGAUCAAAGCCACGCACAAGUUCCAGGCCGAAGGCGUGGCGGGCGACUCCGGUGAACGCAUUGGCCCGAUUAACUCGCCUUGGGAAGGACAGGAGGAAAUCAAGCCCGCUGAGGCCGCUGGCACACCCAAUAAGGAGGCCCUUGACUUGAGGAAGCGGGCAAAUGUGCCAGAGAUUGAUCCCGACGCCCUUCCCAGCUCUUAUUGCCAGAAGCUUCUACUUUGCCUUACCAAGCGGACCAACAAGCUCCAAGACAUCAGGGAUGAGUGCAAGUCCACGAAUGACAAGGGAGAGAAUACCCUGACCAGCUCCCAGAACAAGAUGUUCAGCAAGCUUGGCAGUGUCAUCGCCGACCUGGAGUCAAUGCAGGAGAAAAUCGAGGAGAUUCACACAGCCGGGGUGUGCGAUGGUUUUACUGCCGAGCAUGAGGAUGAGCUACGCAAGUGCAUCCACGGUGUCAAGCUGGCUGUGGAGGCUCUCAUGCUGGAGCCCAGAGCAAGGACAGUGCUGCCCCGUGCCAGCGAUGCAAAGCCCAAGCUUACUCCCAAGGCCAAGGCUUCGGGUAAGGCGGCCCCGAAAGUGAAGCUUGUAAAGGAGGCGAUGAAGCUGAUUCAAAACCUGGUCAUCUUCUCGAAACCCUCGCUGAGAUGGUUGCUGAUGGAGUUAGUCCCAGCAGCCGCAAUGGCCAGAGUCAGCGAAGCGGCUGUGUCGGAUGGCCUGCAGGGCAUAGCUGUGGGAGAUGCUGCGAAGGCUAAUGUCAACAAUGCCGAGAGAGCGGCUCAUCAUUUGUUCGCACAGUGGGGACUGCGACUGAAUGUUCCCAUCACUUACAUCAUUCUGAAGGAUGGCAGCCAAACUCUGAAGUUUCCUAUCUUGAAGCCGUCAAACUGGAUCAGAGCGCUUUUGCGGUCACAUCCAUCGGCACUGUUUGGGAACUGCAAGUUGGAAGAGGUGCCUGAUCGAUGGCCCCGUGCUGCCAGUGAUCAGGACUGGUCACUGUCGGAUCAUGAUCUAUCAGAACUUAUGUGCCAGUGGCAUGCCACUUCCGGCCACUCUUUUUUGGCACGUUAUCUGAAUUAUGUCAUUCCGACUGCCUCCUUGGAUCUUGGCCCUUGGGUACUUGAUGGCGUCCAAAAGGCUAUUGCUGAUGACCUUUACAAUUUAUUUCACACUGGACUUGUUGUUGAUGGCCGGCAGUACUAUGUCGGGCUCGUCGGCAUGAAGGGGGAUGCCAAGUGGCAUGCCCGUGUGGGUAUGUUUACCCGGAGCUAUUUGCAUUUAGGUGACGUGGCAAAUUAUGAGAUAUGCCAUGAUUGCUUAGCUGGCAACGACGAUUACCCGUUCGAGGAAACGGGGCACAAUCCGGCCUGGGUUCAAACGAUUGGUGACAGUGAGCCAUGGGAUGCACCCGGUGUAUUCGAGACAGUUCCCUUCGACAACACUUUCCCAUCAUUCAAAUACAAGAGAGAUCUGCUGCACACAUUUAAGAUUGGACUGGGCAGGGACAUCUGUGGCGGAAUAAUCAUGCUGCUGUGUAGAUUCUUCGGUCUUUUUGAUUAUCCUGGGGAUUCGAAGGGGGUGCUUCAGAGGCUUGGUCGAGCGCAUGCUCGGUUUGCAAUGUGGGCAUCCGCUGAGAAACACACUCCGCAUCUUCGCAAGUUUACGAAAGACUUUAUGCACCACAAAACUUCCCAAUCCUAUUCUUUUACUGCUUCCAAAGGCUCUGACACAAUCCUUUUGCUGCAGUGGCUGCGCCUUGAGUGUCGUCUCGGAGUCCAGAAGCUCGCAGGCCAUCGCAGCCUCAACAUGUUGAAAGCUGCAGCUCAGAUUUGCGAAGCUUCUACCAAGAUGUUUUGGCUGCUUUACAACCACGGGUUAUGGAUCCCAAGACGUUGCAUGCAGAUUGUACGAGACAACAUCCUCCGUGUAGUGCGAGGGUACAGCUACGUUGCACAACUAUGUUGCGAAGAGAAGUUCGCCGCAUUCAGAUGUAAAACAACUUUACAUUCUGUCCACCAUUUUGCGGUGGAAAUAGACAUUGCAUUGCAGAGGGGCGCCAUCUGCUAUCUCAAUCCACUGGUCCACGACUGUAGCCAGUCGGAGGAUUUCGUUGGACGUACUGCAAGAACAGCGCGAGCCACGCAUGGACGGACACUGGCACUGAGAACACUUCAGCGGCAUCUCGUGAAAUCGAAAGCAAUGCUGCGUAAGUUGAAAGCUUAG